AUUAUAACCUAGAAAUUUCAGUAUCAUACACCUUUUCUAGGCCAAGCAAUCUAUCUACAAGCUUCUGAACCUCCUCUGGAAAAAGAAACAUGUAAUCCUCCAGUCCCGGUUUCCCUCAUACAUCACGGCAACAGUCAUCUACCACUGGGAGCAUCUCUUCUAAAGAAAGCAACAUACUUGUCAAGUGCUCCAAUCCCUCAUCAACUUCCCCAUCUGACAAAAGAUCAUCACCAGCCGCGGCAGCAGUAGCAGCAGUGGAAAGGCCAAAAUAGUGGAGCUAGCAAUUAAGAGCAAGGAGAGCAAGAAGGAAGAGAGAUAGUUGCUGGUCUGGACGCCAUGGACUUGGUACCAACCCCGGAGAGCCCCCACUCCGACCACAGCGGCGGUGCCAACGCGAGCCCCCAUGCCUCCUCCUCAUCGGGCCACACCGGCGCUACCUCGUCGUCGCCAUCGCCAUCGCCAUCGCCAUCGCCAUCGCCAUCGCCGAGCCGGUACGAGUCCCAGAAGCGGCGAGACUGGAACACCUUCGGGCAGUACCUGAAGAACCACCGCCCGCCGCUGACCCUGUCACGGUGCAGCGGCGCCCACGUGCUGGAGUUCCUCCGCUAUCUGGACCAGUUUGGGAAAACCAAAGUCCACACUCAGAUGUGCCCCUUCUUCGGCCACCCCAACCCCCCGGCGCCUUGCUCCUGCCCGCUCCGCCAGGCCUGGGGCAGCCUCGAUGCCCUUAUCGGCCGCCUCCGCGCCGCCUACGAGGAGAACGGCGGCCGCCCAGAGUCCAACCCCUUCGGCGCCCGCGCCGUCCGCCUCUACCUCCGCGAGGUCCGCGAGCUCCAGGCCAAGGCCCGCGGCAUCAGCUAUGAGAAGAAGAAGCGCAAGAAGCCCAUCCAGGAGCAGCAGCAGCACCAACCCCGCCACCUCCGUCCGCUUCCUGAAUACGUGAUCCCUUGUCAUUGGGCGAUGAUCAUGCUCCUUCCAAGAACCACCACCAACACCACCACCUCCUGAGAUGGGGAACUCUCUCUCUCUCUCUCUUCCCCGCCGCCUCCCCCCCCUCUCACUCUCUCCCAUCUAUGCAUGCAUUAGAUCCUUCUCUCUUCGAUUCGGUAGGUGAGACCCAAGCAUAAUUUAUAUGGUGUGAGCUUCUCUUUUAGGCUGCUAUUAGUUUAUGUUGCUUUUUUCCUGUGUGCUGAUUGAACCUCUCUGGACAACUUUCCUUCAGUUGCUUCUUUCUCUCUCUCUCUAGAUAUUAUAUAUUUAGUCUAUGGCUAUUAUGUUGCUACCGGAUGUUGCUGUGGCUUUAUACUCUUGUUGUGACAGGAACUGGGAGUCAGUGAGCAGUAUGAGCAAUAUUUAGUGUGUUCCUAAUAUUGGUAAGGUAGGAAAAGGAAAGAAUGUGGGUACUGUACGUCGAACUGGGAGUUCAUUUCCAAGAGACUGUGUACUUGAGAUCUCUUGUUAUGGAUCUGUCCAUGAUGUGCCAAUUCACUCUUUUGAACUUUUCUUUUUUUCCUUUUUAUGGUAUUAAAAGUGGAGUGGUGAUGAUGACUUUCUCUAA